GCGACGCGCAAACCUUAACAAGUCAGCAAGCAGAUGGGCUUCUCAUCACAUAUACUCCGUAUAAAGCAGAGAGGAGAGGAGAGGAGAGGAGACGGGGACGGCACCGGCAGCGCUCCACAGGCCCAACCUGCCGUCCACGGCGCGAAAGAAGAGCCGCGAACCCGGGAGUCCUGCCUGUCCUCGUCCUCCUCCCCCUUGCCAUCCGCCGCCCAUGGCGUCCGCGUCCGCCCCCGAAGUGGUGGUGGUCUUCGACUUCGACCGGACCAUCAUCGACUGGGACAGCGACGACUGGGUCAUCACCAAGCUCGGCGCCGCCGACGCCUUCCAGCGCCUGCGCCCAACCAUGCGCUGGAACCCGCUCAUGGACAGGAUGAUGGCGGAGCUCCACGCCAGGGGGAAGACGCCCGAGGACAUCCGCGACUGCCUCAGGAGCGCGCCGCUCGACACGCACGUCGUUUCCGCAGUCAAGACGGCGGCGGCGCUGGGGUACGCACGGCACAACCACACCAUGCCGACCACGUUCUCACCUGCCGCUGCAGCACUUGCGUUUGGGACCGACCGACCGAUGUUCUUUGAUGCUGGCAAUGGCAUGGCUGCUGCUGCUCCCGUUUGCAGGUGUGACUUGAAGGUGGUGAGCGACGCCAACACCUUCUUCAUCGAGACCGUCCUGGCGCACCACGGCGUGCUCGGCUGCUUCUCCGAGAUCGUCACCAAUCCGGCGAGCGUCGACGCGGACGGCAGGCUCAGGAUCUCGCCGUUCCACGACCCCGCGUCCGCGCCGCACGGUUGCAGCCUCUGCCCUGACAACAUGUGCAAGUCAACAGUCAUGUCGAGAUGCGGAAACUCACCGGUAAUUCAGCAUAAACCAAAGAUGUGCUCUUACCACGUGCAGUGCAGGGCAAGAUACUGGGGAGGAUCCAGGCAACAGGCAGUGACAAGAAGCGGCGCCGGCGCUUCAUCUACAUCGGUGACGGGAAGGGAGAUUACUGCCCGUCCCUCAAGCUGGGGGAAGGGGACCACGUCAUGGCAAGGGAGAACUACCCCCUGUGGCAUCUCAUCUGCGACAACAAGCAGCUUCUCAAGGCUGAGGUUCAUCCGUGGAACAGCGGCGAGGAACUGGAAAAGACGCUGCUUAAGUUGGCCGGCGAAGUGAUCAGUCCACCUGCACAGGCUUCACAAUUUGACUACAGCAAAUGCGAGAUGAGCAAUCCAGCAUCCUGCCCUCCGUCGUGUGCCGCACUGAUUACCGACCAACUCUUAGUUCGCAAGUACUGAUAAAAGUCUCCAUCCUGCAUUCAACAUGAUAUAUGUCGUCAAUCUGCACAGCAAUUUAGAGAUGGAUUAUCUAUGCUAUACACUAUGUUAUCAAAUAAACUGUAGCGUGGCAUGGAAGGACAUGAGUUGAGAAUUAAUUGAUGCCAGUGUGGGAAACUAUAGUCUCUAACUCCUCAGGAAAAUCCAAAUUUCCAACAGCAGAAUCCAUUAUGUCA